CUAUAAAUACCUCUUCCCUAGUUCCCUAACCUUCCUCAAGACUUGGAAGCGCCGGCGCGUUUUCUCCGCUUCCAAGUUCCAUUUCUUCCCCCAAACCUAAACACUCUCACUUUACACUAAUAAUCAAUGAAUUAAUUAACCUAAACCCACAUCAUUAACCAUCAUAAUCAUCAUCAUCAUGGGUGUGAAGGUUUUUCUUGAAUGUGGCAUUGCUUCCAUUGUUGCAGGAACCACAACUCACCCACUCGAUCUAAUCAAAGUUCGUAUGCAACUUCAAGGCCAAGAAAAAAACCUAAACCCUCUUCCCCACAAUCUUCGUCCAGCUUUCGCUUUUCAUCAUCAUCAUCAUCAUCAUUCUUCACCAAUCUUUCAACCUAAACCCUCUCUUUCAGGACCUAUUUCUAUAGGAAUCCGCAUUCUUCAAUCAGAAGGUGUAACAGCUCUUUUCUCCGGCGUAUCCGCUACCGUACUCCGUCAAACACUCUAUUCCACCACUCGUAUGGGUCUCUACGAUGUCCUCAAACAAAACUGGACUGAUCCAGAAAUUGGAACAAUGCCUGUUACUAAAAAGAUUGCUGCAGGUUUAAUCGCCGGUGGAAUUGGCGCCGCGGUUGGGAAUCCAGCCGAUGUCGCCAUGGUUCGUAUGCAAGCUGAUGGUAGACUUCCGGUGAGUCAGCGACGGAAUUAUAACGGCGUAUUUGAUGCUAUUAAGAGAAUGUCGAAAAAUGAAGGGAUUGGUUCUCUGUGGCGCGGUUCAGCGCUUACUGUGAACCGCGCCAUGAUUGUAACGGCUUCUCAGUUAGCUUCGUAUGAUCAGUUUAAGGAAAUGAUUUUGGAGAAAGAGUUGAUGAAGGAUGGAUUUUGGACACAUGUGGCCGCGAGUUUUGGGGCGGGUUUUGUGGCGGCUGUUGCUUCGAAUCCUAUUGAUGUUAUAAAGACUAGGGUUAUGACUAUGAAGGUGGAAUCUUGUGGAGAGGGUGUGCCUUAUAAAGGUGCAUUGGAUUGUGCUGUUAAAACUGUUCGUGCUGAAGGACCUAUGGCUCUUUAUAAGGGUUUUAUUCCUACAAUUUCAAGGCAGGGUCCUUUUACUGUUGUUCUUUUUGUCACACUUGAACAACUCAGGAAGCUGUUUAAGGAAUUUUGACUAAGAUGAUUAAAUAGAUUUUGAUUAGUGCGUAUGUUAAGCGAUUUUGAUGUUCACAAUGUUUUACACAUUACACUUAUACUAUCAUUAAACUUUUGAAAGACACUAUUUUCAUUCAUAAAUUUCAUCCUUAUGUUUUAAUAACAAUUUCGAACGAGAGAACCACCAAGGGACAAAAC